GCGCGCGCGGCGAGUCCGAGCCGCCGCGCCAGGGCGCAGGCGCGCGCCGGGCCCAGCUGGGCGGCGAUGGUCACAAGCCGGGGGGCCGCCAGAAGGGCGGGAAGGAGGCGUGCCGCGCUUGGAACAACGGGGAAUUCAGCGAGCUACGUGUCGCGGCAUUGGGCGCUACCGCCCCCCUGUGGUUUCCGCGCAGCGACGCGCGUUUAGCGCUCCGGCGAGCGUUCCCGCCAGAGUGGUUUGCUGGGAUGCCGGCGCCUUGUGUGGAAGACGUAGUUAAUGAAGUGCCUCUUGUUAGCAUCGCCAAUUGGUGCGACGACAGCGACAUCGCACUGCUAGUGGGGAAUGCGCUGGGCCUCCUUUCCACAGUGCGAGCGUCUGCGUCCCUGGGCCUGCGGGCGGGCUCGCUGACCAACGAGCGGGCCCUGCCGGCCGUCCUUGGGAGGGGUCUGACGAGCGAGGGCCACUUCGCCGUGCUGCCUUGCAGUUUGGCGCGGACGGGCUUCUUCCGUUUGGUGACGAUGCUGACUGCGGCGCCCGCGGACUGGCAAUUCGCCGCCGCGCUCGCCGCUUCCCAUGCGUCGAAGAUCCGCGCGUGGAGACAGCAGUGCGCGGCCGCUGUCAGGCAGAUCAGCGACAGGCUCUAG